GGAUUUCUGUUGCAAGAAAGAAAGACGAAGCCAUGUCUCUGGGCUAUGCAGAGAAGUUAUCUUUCAGAGAAGAUGUGGGAGCUGUUGGGAUGUCUGAGAUUUUCGACCCACCUCAAAUUCUGGAGAAAAAGCUGCCUUUCUGUUUUACUGAUUCCCAUCGGUUUGACUGCUGCAAUGACAGAUUGAAGAGCUAGCCAUGAUGAUAAAAAAGAGUAGGCAUCUUGUGGCAUUUACAGGUGCAGGGAUAUCAACUUCUUGUGGCAUACCUGACUUUCGAGGUCCAAAGGGUGUCUGGACCCUUCAGCGUGAGGGCAAAGGUGUGCCUGAAGCAUCACUGCCCUUUGAUCGUGCAAUGCCGAGUUCGACUCAUAUGGCUUUAGUGGCACUAGAGAAGGCUGGUAUCUUAAAGUUUGUGAUUAGCCAGAAUGUGGAUGGUCUUCAUCUUCGGUCCGGGAUACCAAGGGAGAAACUUGCUGAAUUGCAUGGGAAUUCCUUUAGGGAACUUUGCCCUUCUUGUGGAGUAGAAUACAUUAGGGAUUUUGAGAUUGAGACUAUUGGAAUGAAGGAGACGUCGCGGCGCUGUUCUAAUGAAACAUGUGGAGCAAAACUCAAUGACACAGUUCUUGAUUGGGAGGAUGCCUUGCCACCAAAGGAGAUGAAUCCAGCAGAAAAACACUGUAAAAUGGCUGAUGUUGUAUUAUGUUUAGGAACCAGUUUGCAGAUUACUCCAGCUUGCAACUUGCCUUUAAAAUCUUUGAGUGGUGGCGGAAAGAUUGUUAUUGUAAACCUUCAGCCCACUCCAAAGGACAAGAAGGCAAGUUUGGUGAUCCAUGGGCAAGUAGACAAGGUUAUUGCAGGCGCAAUGCACUCCCUUAAUCUUCAGAUCCCUCCGUUUGUCCGCAUUGAUCUUAUCCAGCUCACUCUUUCUCAUUUCCUUAAGAGGAAGAUUAGAUAUGUGAAAUGGACGCUUAGGAUUGCUAGUGUUCAUGGAAAUAAAGCACUGUUGCGUUUCCUUAAAUCAGUUGAGGUUUCCUUUCCAGAGAGGCCAGAUCUAAAGACUGCCGUUCUAGAAGAGCAGCCAUUUUUGUUGAAAAGAGAAACACUGAAGACAAGACCCUUCAAAAUGGUGUUGAAUCUCUACUUUGGUGAGGGGUGUGGAUGCCUAUGCACUAGAAUCGAGUGGGAUGUUGAUUUCCAGGUCUCAAAGGAUGACUUCAGCCAUGAUAAGGAUGCGGUCCUUCAGAAGCUGAGGGAUGUUGCAAUCCAAGAUUCGUGCUGUGGGCAGUAUUCAGCUGUGGAGAGAAAGACUAUUGUGGCACCCACAUCCAAAGCUGCCAAAUCUGAAGUCAUCGUCUACGCCAUAGUAACAAACAUUACCAGAAAUAAUUGCAGUUCAUCACUCGAUCCCAUUACCGAGAGCAACGGUAACACUAUGAGAAGGUCGAUGGCUACUCGGGGUGGCAUUGGAGGUACAACUACGACUCGAGCAGUGUGGAAUCCUUCAGUCGAUAAACUCUUCGCGAAUGUUGUGGUGGAUUAUAUGAUGGACAUGAAGAGGUCGGUUAGUGGAUUUGACUCAUCUGGUUGGAACAUGAUUGCUUCCGAAUUUAAUCGAAGGAAUGGUUCCACGUACAAUGUGAAUCAAUUGAAGAAGCGUUUCAGCUCACUGAAGGGAAUAUACAAAUCUGUUAAAGGACUUCUUGCUUUGAGUGGCUUUGGAUGGGAUGAGAGUAGCAAGCUAGUCGUGGCUGAGCCUUCUGUAUGGGAUGAUCAUUUGCAGAGUCAUCCUAGUGCGACACAGUUCCGGACAACAGCCUUCCCUGCAUUUGAGCAGAUGUCCAUCAUAUGUGGCGAAUCAGGGGACAUAGGAAGCUUUGCCAAAUCCCAAAGAUCUAUUUCUAUGAAUUUGGAUACAGGAUCCACGUCAUCAUCCCCGGCUUUGUCUCAGCCAUCUCCUGAAGUCUUCGGGCUAUCCCCUGAGGAGGUGGAGAUGUCUCCUAAUAUUCCAACUGGGGUGAAUGACGGUUUCAUCUCCCAAGUUGAAGAGGGUGUUAGAACUCCACAGUCGGAUAGGAAACGGUCUUUAAGAUCAUUUCAUUCUGUUCACAACAAAAGAGACCGAGCUUGGCAUGUAAGGAGUGAUAUCUCGGAUUCGCUAUGUGAAGUAGACACUGGACCUGAGCUCAUGAAAGAGCAAAGAACAUCUCAGCCUCCUGCCGCCAGUGCUUAUUCCAUUGCUAACUGUGUGACGGAGUUAAUGAAGAUCGAACCUCUAAAUCCCCUUGCUCGGGUCAUCGCUAGUCGUCACUUUGAAAAUGCCAAUUUGAGAGAGAUGUUUAUGGUGUGGGGCAAAGAAGAACGUGUUGCAUGGCUAGAAAUGAUAACAAAGGAACAGUAGUUUUUUCUUUUAGUUGUUUCAGAUGGAUUCUUCUUUUGUUUUUGUAAGGGCAUGGUUAUGACUAUAUAUAAAAUAGAUAGGCAUGUGGUUGUGAUUGGGUUGCGUUGGCUAUUAUACUUGGACAUGCAUUUUGAAUGGAUUAUAACAACGAUCUCAGGUGGUUCUCGAGGAUUAA